CACUCUCUUUUCAAAGAAAAACCUGAGUCCACGCGUACAACUUUCCCACCGAUUGAGCUGCUGCUGUACCCCUACUGUUACUAUCGACCCUAAAAACGGUCUUGAAUCCCUGGAGCUACGGGACUAUUUGGAAAAGCUCCGGCGUAAGAACACUCAAGCCUAUAUUGGUAUUGCCAGACUUCCCACCCAUAUAUAAAGGUUGGGCACAUCCGCAUAACAUAUUCACAAUGAGUGAGCACGCUUGCGGUAGUAAUGUGGCAAAGGAUGUUCUCGAAGAAAAUAAGAGAAACACUGAUGGGGAGAAAGCCUCUGGCACCGAAGACGAACACAACGCAGAGGAAGUUAAAGUACGAAUGUCUUGCAAAACUGUUUUUGAUUUAAAUGAAGAUUGCUGGAUAGAGUUAAUGGAUUACCUGGACGUAGAAGACCAGGUAAGGCUCUCUUCAUCGCACGUGUGUAUCGGAGAGAUGGUCAAGAUAUACGCAAGCCAUCGGUACAAAAAUAUUGAUGCAUCGCUCACGGGAAGGAUUGGUGACGAAUAUCUGAAACAAUUGUUACGGAUCGUUGGUGAGCAUCUGGUUAGCUACGAGUCCGAAUGGGAUUAUAGUUCCAAUGGCGAUCAGCACCUGGGGGUCCUGCGGAGUCACUGUACGAAUCUUACACAAUUGAAAAUGUCCUUUCGACCGGGAAGGCGCGGAUGGGACGAUCUAUACAAGUUGAAAAAGCUCAAAUCCUUGAACGCUUAUCUGGACAUGGAGGAUAGCCUGUGUACGGAUUUUGUUUACAAUCUCAAACAAUUCACGUUUCUACGGAAACUGAAGUUGAAUGCUACCUCAUAUGGCGGAAGAGGAUUGCAUGUUCUUGAUCAACUGGAAUCUCUGGAUGUGUCUUCCUGUGGUGGAUUCGAUUCAAUGAGCUUGGUGGAUUGCUGCCAAACAAUGAAGCAAUUACGGUAUCUUAAAUUUGGAGGUAUUAGAAACAUCAGAAAGAACAGUUUCAAAAGUCUGGUGACGAGCUGGAAGCAGCUGGAAUGUCUGUCUUUUCUCGUAGACGUAGUCGAUUCAAAGUUUCCCUAUGAGGUCGUCUGCCAGUUGCCCAAACUGCAACAUUUGCAGAAUAAUAUACCAAAAUGUCUUUAUGGGAGUUAA